AUGACUCGUUUUCUUGAACGAUUUUAUGCACUUUUCCUGCUUUUCAUGCAUGCUGCAGGACCCGUCCUCGGAUUCAACAAUAGCUCUGAAAUAAAGUGCAUUGAGAGGGAGAGACAAGCACUCCUCAGCUUCAAACAUGGCCUCGUAGAUGUCCGUGGCAUGCUGUCUACAUGGAGGGAUGAUGAGAAGAGUCGAGAUUGUUGCAAAUGGAAAGGCAUUCAAUGUGACCAUCAAACAGGUCAUGUAACCAUCCUUCGUCUCCGUGGUUCCUUUCCACAAUAUUUGACAGAUGCAGUCAAUAUGACUUCACUGUUUGCCUUGCAAACUAUUCAACAUUUGGAUCUCAGCAACAAUUUUUUUAUAGAGAGUCACAUCCCCCAACUCAUCGGCUCACUUACUAACUUAAGAUAUCUCAAUCUCUCUAAUUCUCAUUUUAGUGGCAGCAUUCCUACCCAACUUAGAAGCCUUACACAUUUAAGGUAUCUCGACCUCAAUUAUAAUACUCUUGAUGGGAAACUCCCUCGUCAACUUGGAAAUAUGUCACAGUUGAGAUACCUUGAUUUGAGUGGUAAUUCAUUUUCAGGAGCACUCCCUUUUCAGGUUGGGAAUCUUCCUUACUUGCAAACUCUUAGACUUGGUGGUGAUUUUGAUGUCAAACCUAAGGAUGCAGACUGGCUGUCUAAUCUCUCUUCCCUAACACAUCUUGCCAUCGAUGGUUUACAUAACCCUGACUGGUUGCAUAUGAUUCAUUAUCCAAAGCUAAGAGAGUUGAGACUAGUUGAUUGUUCUCUUUCAGAUACCCAUAUUCAAUCUCUGUUUUAUUCACGUUCCAACUUUUCCAAUUCUCUUACCAUCCUUGACCUUUCUUCUAAUAUGCUCACAUCCUCAACAUUUCAGUUAUUAUCUAACUUUAGCCUUAAUCUUCAACAGCUUUAUCUUUCUCAUAAUAACAUUGUUUUCUCAUCUCCAGUCCACUCAACCUUUCCUUCUCUUGUGAUCCUUGAUCUUUCCAAUAAUAACAUGACAUCAUCGGUCUUUCAAGGUAUUUUCAACUUCAGUUCAAAACUUCAAAAUCUUUAUUUGCAAAGAUGUAGUCUUGGGGAUGAUAGUUUUCUCAUGUCAGCUAUUUCAAUUACGAAUUAUUCGUCUUCUCUUGUCUCGCUUGAUCUCUCCUUUAAUCUAUUGAAAUCAUCAUCCAUAUUUUACUGGCUCUUCAACUCCACCACCAAUCUUCGUACACUUAAACUUGAUCAUAACAUGUUGGAAGGUCCCAUUCCAGAUGGAUUUGGGAAAGUAAUGAACUCUAUUGAAGUUCUUGACCUCUCUGGUAACAAACUGCGAGGCGAGAUUCCAUCUUUCUUUGGGAACAUGUGCACAUUGCAGAGUUUAUACCUCUCAAACAACAAGUUGAGUGGGGAAAUUUCCCAUUUCUUUCGGAAUUCAUCAUGGUGCAACAGACACGUGUUUCAGAAUUUGUAUUUAUCUUAUAACAACAUUACAGGCACGUUACCUAUGAACAUUGCAUUGCUAUCUGAGUUGGAGGGCUUGCUUUUGGAUGGAAAUUGCUUGGAGGGUGAUGUCACUGAAUCCCAUCUUUCAAACUUUUCCAAAUUAAGGUACUUACAUUUGUCAGAAAACUCCCUAUCUCUAAAAAUAGUCCCUAACUGGGUUCCUCCUUUUCAAAUAAUAAGCUUGGGACUAAGAUCUUGCAAGUUGGGUCCUAGAUUUCCUAGUUGGCUCCAUACUCAACGCUUCUUAGAUUUUCUGGAUAUUUCUAAUAAUAGGCUUAAUUGUUCAGUACCAAAAUUGUUUUGGAACAACCUUCAAGAUGUGGGAUAUUUGAAUAUGUCUCAGAAUAAUUUCACUGGUGCAAUUCCUAAUAUGUCAAUGAAGCUUUCCAGUACACCAUUUAUAAUUCUGAAUUCGAAUCACUUUGAAGGCGAAAUUCCAUCGUUUUUACUACAAGCUUCAGAGUUGAAGCUUUCUGACAAUAAAUUUUCAGAUCUAUUUUCAUUCAGAUGUGACCAAAGCAGCUCUGAAUUGACUUUUUUAGAUUUAUCAAAUAAUCAAUUAAAGGGACAACUCUCAGACGGUUGGAAAUCUAUAGAUCGAUUGGUGUGGCUUGAUUUAAGCAACAAUAAAUUGUCAGGGAAGAUUCCUGUGUCCAUGGGCAACCUCGUUAUAUUGGAAGUCUUGGUCUUACGGAACAAUAACCUAACGGGUGAAUUACCUUCAAAUUUGAAGAACUGCAACAAUUUAAUUACAUUGGAUGUGGGUGAAAAUAUGUUGCUUGGUCCAAUACCAUCAUGGAUCGGAGAAAGUAUGCAGCAAUUACAAAUUUUGAGCAUGCGAAAGAAUCACUUUUCUGGAAAUCUUCCUAGUCAACUCUGUUAUUUGGAGGAUAUUCGAUACUUGGAUCUUUCGAGGAAUAUGUUAUCAAAAGGAAUUCCAUCAUGCUUAAACAAUUUGACUGCAAUGAUUGCAAACAUAGACGUCUGGGGUGAAAGUUUUAUAAAUUUGGUUGAUAUGAAUGGUAUAACUUAUGCAAGUUUUCCUUCCGGCGACUAUACCCUUAACAUAAGCCUAAUUUGGAAAGGUGUGGAACAGGGGUUCAAGAAUCCAAAGUUAAAGCUUAUGAGCAUUGAUCUUUCAAGUAAUAAGUUGACAGGUGAUAUACCAAAAGAGGUUGGAUAUUUACUUGGGUUAGUUUCUUUGAAUUUAUCAAGAAAUAAUCUGAGUGGAGAAAUUCCUUCAGAGAUAGGAAAUUUAAGUUCACUAGAGUCGCUUGACUUAUCAAGAAAUCAUAUCAGUGGGGGAAUUCCUUUCUCACUUUCUCAAAUUGAUUUUCUUGGCAAGUUAGAUUUGUCACACAACUCUCUCUCUGGAAGAAUACCAUCAGGAAGACACUUUGGAACUUUUGAUGUCUCUAGUUUUGAAGGGAAUGUUGGUCUUUGUGGUGAACAACUUAACAGAACUUGUCCUGAAGAUGGAAAUCAGACAACAAUAAAGCCUCAAGAACAUGGAACAGUCAAUGAUGAUGAAGAUAAUGCUUUCUAUGAAGCACUGUAUAUGAGCAUGGGGAUUGGAUAUUUCACUGGAUUUUGGGGCUUAUUAGGGCCAAUGCUACUUUGGCAUUCUUGGAGAAAUACUUAUCUGAGGUUCCUAAACAGAUUGACAGAUGGUAUAUGUCAAUAA